AUGGAGAAAGAAAGUGAACCAUUGGAAGGAGAAUCUGUCGGCAGUGAACCUACGGUGGCCUUGAAACCAUGCUUUAUAUCACUUAUAGAUGAAUUUGAUAAACCGUUGUUGGUCUAUGCACCUGGUCAAGAUGAGAAAGAGGUGAAUGAAGUACUUAAAUACAACGUGUUUUCGAAUAUUUCCUUGGACUACUUCGACAGCCCAUUGUUCGACUGGGUCUCAUUAGAAUCACAACCUACUGUUAAAUUAUUUUUUCAGUUGGAAGGUGUAGCUGUGUUUGGUAUGUUGAUAAAGCCUACCGGACUCAAGAUAAUCAUUGGAUUUCCUCAAGAAAGUUAUAAUAGUGAAGUUCAUGAACAACAGAUCCGUGAAAUUUUCCAAAAGGUGCACAAAAUUUAUCUGAAAGUUAAAUUAAAUCCAUUUAUUAAUCUAUCUAGUGGUAGUAGCACUAGUCGUGAAGAAAUAAUUCAAAAACUAGAAGCUAAAUUUAAUGUCGAAUUUUAA